GGAGGGGCGCUCUUGGUCCUGGAGGUCCGGGGAGCAGGUGCGCACGGGCCCCGGGGCCCCCUCCGUGGCAGGGCCCUGCGAUUUUGGGGGGCUCCCUUCUUGCAGCCCGAGGGGUGGUCCCCACUGUGUCAGUGAAAAUGGGGCUCUGGCCAACCGGGACAUCAUCUGGCAGGAGAACUGCGUCUCUCGCUCCCGAAUUCCCUCCUCUGCAACCUCUCCGCUUCAGCGCCUGGAGUCGAACCAUUGCGCUCCCAGCCCUUUGGGUCUUGCAAGUGCUGAAGGUUCCCCGAGUCUCCUAGGAAACUGCCAGCACCCCUGGGAAAGGGAGCCCCCUAAGCUGUAGCAGCCCACACCUGCCGUGAAGAUUCAUCGGCCACCAGCGCAAGAAGUGGGGGCCUGAGGAACAAGGCACGCAGGGAGGCUCACGGAAAGGAUGAAAAGACUCUGACAGGCACUCUGAAAUACAGGCCUUUGCUUGUGACUUUGAGAUCAUACCACUGGACUAGGUUGAGCGCAUCGAGAAGAGAUGUCUGGAGCUGUUUGGCCGAGACUACUGUUUCAGCGUGAUUCCAAACAUGAAUGGAGACAUCUGUGGCCACUACCCCCGGCACAUCGUGUUCCUGGAGUAUGAGAGUUCUGAGAAGGAGAAAGAUACGUUUGAGAGCACUGUGCAGGUGAGCAAGUUGCAAGACCUCAUCAACCGCAGCAAGAUGGCCAGGUGCAGAGGACGGUUUGUCUGCCCAGUAAUCCUGGUCAAGGGCAAGCACAUUUGCAGGUCGGCCACCCUGGCUGGAUGGGGAGAGCUGUAUGGGCGCUCUGGCUACAACUAUUUUUUCUCAGGGGGUGCAGAUGAUGCCUGGGCAGAUGUGGAGGACGUCACAGAGGAGGACUGCGCUCUUCGCAGUGGCGACACACAUCUUUUCGAUAAGGUCAGAGGCUAUGAUAUCAGGCUGCUUCGGUACCUGUCGGUCAAAUACAUCUGCGACCUGAUGGUGGAGAACAAGAAGGUGAAGUUUGGCAUGAACGUAACCUCCUCCGAGAAGGUGGACAAAGCUCAGCGCUAUGCCGACUUCACUCUUCUCUCCAUCCCAUAUCCAGGCUGUGAAUUUUUCAAGGAAUAUAAGGAUCGGGAUUACAUGGCUGAAGGGCUCAUAUUUAACUGGAAGCAGGACUACGUCGACGCCCCACUGAGUAUCCCUGACUUCCUGACUCACUCUCUGAACAUUGACUGGAGCCAGUAUCAGAGCUGGGACCUGGUGCAACAAACACAAAACUACCUGAAGUUGCUGCUCUCCAUAGUUAAUGGCGAUGACGACAGCGGGCUGCUGGUGCACUGCAUCUCCGGCUGGGAUCGGACCCCUCUCUUCAUCUCCCUCCUGCGCCUCUCCCUGUGGGCUGACGGGCUCAUCCACACGUCCCUGAAGCCUGCUGAGAUCCUUUACCUGACUGUGGCCUAUGACUGGUUCCUCUUUGGGCACAUGCUGGUGGACCGGCUGAGCAAAGGGGAGGAGAUUUUCUUCUUCUGCUUCAAUUUUUUGAAGCAUAUCACCUCCGAGGAGUUCUCUGCUCUGAAGAUCCAGAGGAGGAAGAGCUUGCCAGCCCGGGAUGCAGGCUUCACCCUAGAAGAUAUCUGCAUGCUGAGACGAAAGGACCGUGGCAGCACUACCAGCCUUGGCAGCGAUUUCUCCCUGGUCAUGGAGAACUCCCCGGGAGCUGCUGGGAGUUUCACCUACGAGGCUGUGGAGCUGGUCCCAGCAGGAGCACAGACUCAGGCAGCUUGGAGGAAAAGCCACUCGUCCUCUCCACAGAGUGUGCUCUGGAGCCGGCCACAGCCUUCAGAGGACCGCCUGCCUUCCCACCAGGGGCUGCUGGAAGCCAAAUCUUCCAGCUCCUCAUCCUCAAACCAUUCUGACAACUUUUUUAGGAUGGGUAGCAGUCCCCUGGAGGUCCCCAAACCCAGAUCAGUGGACCGUUCCCUGCCCGGAUCCUCUCUCUCCACAGACUUUGGCAGCUGGCAGAUGGUCACAGGCUGUGGCAGUAUUCAGGAACGGGCUGUCCUGCACACAGACUCCUCUCUCCCUUUCAACUUCCCGGACGAGCUCCCUGACGGUUGUCUGAUCGCGGCCCUGAGCAAUCGAGAGACUCGGCUCCAAGAGGUUCGCUCAGCCUUCUUGGCCACAUACAGCAGCACAGUGGGGCUCCGGGCAGUACCUCCCAGUCCCUCUGGUGCCAUCGGGGGUCUGCUGGAGCAGUUUGCCCGUGGUGUUGGGCUCCGGGGCACCAGCAGUAGCACCUUGUGAAGCAGCCAGCGCAUGAUGGUUUCCUGUUCCUCUCUCACCUGAGCCUUUAGUGGAAUCAAAGCCAUGCCUGGCCAAGGGGACUGAAGUCGGGGGAGGUCUCACUCCCCUUCUCCAUCAUGCACAUGGCAGUCCCAAGGCUGAGCAAGACCAAGGACAAGGUUUUCCAGCCCCCAGCCUCUUGACUGAUGACCACCACCCUCUCUGGUGACUGCCUCCUCCCACCCACCCCAGUCUUUGCCGGGACUCUCCCAUCAACUCUCAGAACUAUGUGGGCUUUCCCUGGUACCGUGUGGAGGCCAUGAGUUCACAAAAGACCCUACUUCCUAAUUCUAUUUCCUGAGGAUGAGGGGUCAUCUGCACUGAGAAUGAGGCAGUUUGACACAGAUCACAAAAUAAAAUCAGGCCUUCCCUUUUUGAACAGCC